AUGUUGUGGGCAGCAACGACAACAUCGACAUCGACCAUAGCAGCAACAAGGCAGCAGGAUGAACCGUAUCAUGACAUGUGUACGCUGUCAUCAUCCACGUCUACUUCACCUUCUCCCUUUGAUUACUUUCACAGAAUGACUCCCAACGCAGCAGCUGCUGCUGUACAACAAGUCAUUGGUACCGAUAAUCGAUCCACAGACCCAUCGACUACUACCACCCCACCCCCACCCCCACAACAACAACCAUCAUCAUCAAGUACGGGUGGUGGUGUCUUAUCCCCUCAUCAACAAACAACAACAGCAGCAACUCCACCCUCACCCAACAACAAGUCGUCGACAACGAUCCCCAACAACAGUACGUCAUCAUCCAUGACAUCUUCUUCGUCAUCUGCUGCAGCAGCGAAGCGGAAAAAGAGAUCACACAAGUAUAUGGAUGACGAGGAAAAGAGGAAAAACUUUCUUGAACGGAAUCGUCAAGCCGCUCUCAAAUGCCGACAGCGCAAAAAGCAAUGGCUGAAUGAAUUACAAGCAAAGGCCGAUUACUUGGCUGCAGACAAUGAGCAACUUCAAAUGCAUGUGUGUAUGCUACGAGAUGAAGUAAUUAGUUUGCGGCAAAUGUUGUAUGCCCAUCGAGAAUGUCCAGUCACCAAGCAACAACAACAGCAACAACAGCAACAGCAACGAGCGGCUCAUCAUCACCCUCCUCAUCCUAACACGGAUACAGCAGCAGCGGCUGCAGCUGCCAUGGUUAACAUGAUGCCACCUUCGCCUGUUUCCUCUUCACAACAACAACCAGCAGCAGCUCCGCCGCAACAACAACAUCAACCGUAUGCUGAUACCGAAUACUAUUCUUCAUUUAGUGGGUUGCUCCAUCAUCAAGAAAACGGUGGGAUACCUUCACCUGAUGGAUUAAAUGUCACCACGCCUGGUGCAGGUGGUGCAGCAACAACAGCAGGAGCGAAUGUACAGGUUCCUCCGCAAGAUAAAGCCGUUCUCAUGUCCGAUCCAAUGGUUCUAUCAGCUUCACAACAAUCAAAUCCAGCCACCAUGUUACGGCCGUGGUGA